AUGAAGAAGAAUAACCAUACUACUCUACGCUGUGGUCAAGAAUAUGAUCGACUGAUCUCCUUAUCUCUACGGGCUUUACAGUUUAUCACAUGUCUUAUGGCCCUAGCGCUCAUGGCCAGUAGCUUUAAACCAAGUAAAAUGACGUUUCUCACUAAGAAUGGGCAGACACAGGAAAUGACCGUCUACUACGGUGGUCCGUCCGUCAAUUUCGUUAUGAUCGUGUCGUUCACUGCCUGCCUUUAUGACGCAUUCUUCCUCGUAUUAGUCUUUCUCUUACGCUGCGCGACCAUUCCAGCACCCUGGAGUUUUGGUAUCGAUGCUAUCUUUACAAUGCUCUUUAUGAGCGCUGGCUGUGCACUAGCAGCAAGCGACUAUGUGCGCUACUGUGAUGUACUGGACGGUAUUGUACACUGCGCGCUCCUAGCGUCUGGCGCUGCAUUGUGCUUUAUGGCAUUCGUGGGCUUCUUGAUGAGUGUCGCGUGGGGCGCUUGGAUGCGAAACACGUGGAUCACGCCUGCGAAGAAAGAACCGCUCAAUCAAACAGAAUCCCUACGGCCUGGCGUACCGAAUGACCUCGUACUGGGUGACGUGGACGAUGACCCGGAACGUGCGACGACAACGUACAAUACAGGUCCUGCUAUCAACAAUAGCGCAGAAGCAAAACCGGAGGAGGUCAAAGAAGAGAAGUCAAGCCAAGCAUCCACGGCAGCAGCUUCACGUGUUGGCGACGGUCAGGUUGGGAAAGGUACUAGGAAGAUGUUACGCCUUACGAAGGGCAACAUUCUUUCCUUUCUGCCCUUUGGCGUUCACCUCGGCGACUUCAACCAAGACACUAUCAGCGACAAUAGCCAUAGUGACAGCGACAGCUUUGACUGUAGCAGCGACGACAGCGUGGACAGUGGCAGCGGCGAUAGUGACGACAGUGGAAGCAAAGACAGUGACAGCAGCGACAGCAGCGAUAUCGUGGGCGUAAGUUGCACUGAAAGCGCGAAAAUCAUGAAUCGGUGGUAA